AUGUUUUCAAACGCGGCAUUUAUAACCUUUGCAGUGUGCUUUAUUGCAUUAGGUUGCAGUGGGGAAAGCAGUACUCCGCAACGUUGGCAACAAAGCGUCAAAGCCGGAAAUAAAACAUAUUUUCUCUUCAAUCAACCGUUAACGUUAAUUGAAGCAGAUAUACAAUGCAGACAAGAAAAAAUGAAAUUGCUUUCGAUCGAAAAUGAAGCAGAAUAUAGAGAUCUUGUUGCAAAAAUAAACGAGUUCGAUACAGGAAACCCUUUAUACGUCUGGUCAUCAGGAACCUUGAAUUCGGAUGGAACAUGGUUGUGGUUAUCAACGAGAGAACCAAUAACCUUCUUCGAUUGGGUUGGUGAUUUCGAACCAGAACCUGGGAUGGAUUGCAUUAAUUUGAACUUUAACUUUUACCCGAAAGGUACUUACACCACUACUGCAUGCAGUACUCCAUCAAACUUUAUUUGUGAAUUGUAA